CCCCCCCAAAUCCAGACCCCGGGUCGGGAAGCGGAGGAGGAAUUCUACUGCGUGAAGUGGAUCAGCUGGAAGGGCGAGAGGACACCGGUCAUCAUGCAGAGUGAGAACGGGCCCUGCCCGCUCCUGGCCAUCAUGAACAUCCUCCUCCUGCAGUGGAAGGUGAAGCUGCCCCCGCAGAAGGAGGUGGUCACGGCCGAGGAGCUGAUGGCACAUUUGGGGGACUGCAUCUUGGCCACCCAGCCCCGGGAGCCAUCCGAGGGGCUGCAGCUCAACUUCCAGCAGAACAUCAGUGACUCCAUGAUGGUCCUCCCCAAGCUCUCGACGGGGCUGGACGUCAACGUGAGGUUCACGGGGGUCUCAGACUUCGAGUACACACCUGAGUGCAUCGUCUUUGACCUCCUUAACGUCCCGCUCUACCACGGCUGGCUGGUGGACACCCAGAGCCCGGAGGUGGUCCAGGCCGUGGGCAAGCUCAGCUACAACCAACUGGUGGAGAAGAUCAUCACCUGCAAACAGGCGAGUGACUCCAGCCUGGUGAGCGAAGGGCUGGUGGCAGAGCAGUUCCUGGAGUCCACGGCCUCGCAGCUGAGCUACCACGGGCUCUGUGAGCUCACGGGGGCCGUCAAGGAGGGGGAGCUCAGCGUCUUCUUCCGCAACAACCACUUCCGCACC